GCUGCAUCGUGGCUCUCCUUUUUCCACGCUCAAUAAAGCGACAACAAGAAUGUAUUCAGAAGAGAGUUUAAGGAAAAUCGUCACAGAGAGACUAACGGCUGCUGCUGAAGACAUUUUUGUAGUUUUUAAAAGAACUGUCGUCGAGUACGAGGAGGAGCUCGAGCGUCAACGGAAACUGCUGGAUAUCUUCUUAAAACCUCAAGUCAACUUAGACCGAAUAGACUCAUAGGUAGUAAGAAACCUGCACUUCACCAGGGUUGUCAAGUGGGACCCCUCCUUCAUCAGUGUUUCGUCCAGUUAGUCCCACAGCACCUCCAGAGAGCUGAACGGUGAUCUCCAGCGUCCCAGAGCCACUCACCUCCAUGCCGGCUCUAACCACCCACCAUGCCAGCACAGAGACAUCAUCUUACCAACAGUACCACAUGGCCCACACAGCCUCAACAGCACGCCACCUUCAACAGAGCCAGGCUCCGUACAUGCAAGCUCCAGAUGUGUGUAAAGAAGAGGAGGUUCUGCCUGACCAGCAGCCCUAUAACCAGGAGAGGAACUCCAGUCAAGACCAAGAGGAGCCAGAUCCUCCACAGAUUAAAGAGGAACCAGAGGAACCCUGCAGCAUUCAGCAGGGAGAGCAGCUUAUACUGAAGGAGGAGACUGACGCGUUCAUGUUGACUCCUGCUCAAGAGGAAGGAGACCACAGUGAACCAGAACUACAACAUGAAAAUGAGCCCCUUUCUUGCAACUCUUACAUAGCUGAGGAUCAAAAUCCUACAGGAAGCAAUCACAGAGACUCAGAACCCAGUAUAAUUCACCAAAGCAGUCAUAACACGGACAUGUCAGAGAAUCCUCUUCAAGAUCAACAGCCUUUUAAAUGUGACACCUGUGGUGAAAGUUUUAAGAACAAGACAGCUUUACAGACACAUCAGCAUGUCCACAGUGGAAAAGAAACACAUUCUUGCAAGACCUGUGGGAAAAUGUUCAGUUUUAAAUCAUUAUUGGCAGUUCAUGUAAGAAGUCACACAGGUGAGAGGCCAUUUUCUUGCAAAAUAUGUGGAAAAGGAUUCUUUCAGAUGUCAGGCUUGAAAAAGCACAAUGUGAAGCAUACAGGUGAACAGCCUUUUACUUGUACAACAUGUGGUAAGUCGUUCAGAUUCAAAAGAAACUUGAAAGUCCACAUGGGAACUCACACAGAUGAGACGCUGUUAUCCUGUAGCAUCUGUGGAGAAAGCUUCUCUCAGAGCUCUGCCUUGAACACGCACAUCCAGAUUCAUGAAACCGAGAAGCCAUUUAUGUGUGUAACAUGUGGCAAAUCAUUCAAAGGAAAGCACGAACUGACAGCCCACAUGAGAAUUCACACAGGUGAGAAGCCUUACUCCUGCACGACCUGCGGAAAAAGCUUCUUUCGCUUAACGCAUUUAAACACCCACAAUACAAUUCAUAGAGAUGAAAGGCCGUUUAUUUGCAGGACAUGCGGCAAGUCUUUCAAAGAGAGCGGGAGACUGAAAAAACACGUGGAAGGGGUUCACUUACGUGAGAGGCCGCACUCGUGCAGCAUCUGUUCAAAAAGCUUCUAUCAAAAAUCAGAUCUGAGUAAGCACACGCCAAUUCACUCAAGUGAAAAGCUGUUCUCCUGUAGCAUCUGUGGGGCUUCUUUCACAACCAAAAGCUACCUGGAUAGGCACUUAAGAUUAAAAAAAUGUUCUCAUGCAAAGCAGGUGUCAGGUACAAAGAUUCCUUACUGUCUUGAAGGGCUGGGCAAUUAAUCAAAAUGUAAAUUAAAUCGCAGUGUGACCUACUGCAAAUUUUAAAUCACAGAGGGUGCAAUAUUUCUUUGACCAGACAGGUGUUUUGAAAUACUAGUUUAAUACAUUUUUUGAGGCAGAGGUGUUUUACACAUCAUGCAAACAUUCAAGUGCCAAUAUUUUCUAAAACAACUGACAAAAGUUCAUACUUGUAUAUUUUUGUCCUCUUCAAAAUAAAAAAUCUGUAAUAUCACCACCCCCUUCAUUACAAUUCAUAUCAAAUUUGGGAUAUAGCACAAAAAAUUGCAAAAAGACAUUUUUGUUGGAUUGAUUUGAAUUUGGGGGGGUUUGCUUCAAAAUUUUUAGAUAUUUCUGCAGAAAUUUGAGAAAUGUAUUGUCACAAUUUAAGGAAUUUGAGUUAAAAUUUUUUGUGGGGGGAAUUUGCUUUGAAAAUUUAAAGUAUCUUCUUUAAAAUGUGAUUAAUUUAUCUGUAAAUUUUU